AUGGAUGAAUUUACAAUUUCCGCGGGGAGCCUUUGUUUACUUUCGCUUGUAGUAGGCUUUAUUAUCCAGAGUGUUUACCGUCUGUUUUUCCACCCGCUUCGCAAGUUUCCAGGCCCUAAACUAGGGGCAAUUUCUCAUCUCGUACAAGGUCUGUGUUUUGCUAACAACCCUAAAGGGCCAGUCGUACGGAUCAAUCCGCGUGAACUCCAUAUUAAUGAUCCUUAUUAUUACGAACAAAUCUAUGCCGGUAGCUCGCGUAUCCGAGAAAAAGAUCCCAGAUUCAUUGGCGUGUUUACGACACCUUUACCGAUGGUUGCAACAGUUGGUCAUGAACACCAUCGGAUUCGCCGUGGCCUCUUGAGCAGCUACUUUUCGAGACGAGCAUUGAAGAAGGCCGAAUUGAUUAUUGACCAAAAGGUAGACCGCUUGCUUGUACGCUUCCACUCCGCCUUUAAAUGUCAUGCAGUGUUGCCCUUGCAGCGUGUCUUUGCAGCUCUUGCGGCAGAUAUCGUCUCAGAGUACUGCUACGGGGCUAGCCAAGGAUACCUGGAACAGAAAGUCUUUCAAAAUCAGAUGAUCGAUGCGGUCAAUUAUGUCAUGUCCAUGUGUCAUAUCAACAAGUCUAUCCCUAUUAUUCCCAAGCUUCUUCGCUGCGUGCCGGUCGGGCUUAUGGAGAAGUUGGGCCUUCAGAUGGCCGAUGUAAUCGGAGUGAGGAACCUGAUUCGUCGACAGGCGGCGAAGUCCCUUGACAAGGAGUGGUUGUCGCAUGACACCAAUAUGCUGUCUAAGAAUGUAUUUGAUGCUAUAGCUGCCGCCGAUGUCGCACCACAGGAGAAGACGCUGCGUCGACUUGAAGAGGAGGGUGCGGCUCUCUUCGGUGCUGGAAUUGAAACUACCGCAAGAGCCUUGACCGUCGCCAUGUUUCAUUUGAUCAGUGAUGAGACGAUGAUACGCAAGCUACGCGACGAGCUCAAGCAAGUCAUGCUUUCUCCGGCCAGUCGACCAACCUGGGCUGAGCUGGAACAAUUGCCGUAUUUGACUGGAGUAGUUAACGAGUCCCUGCGGCUCUCAUUUGGGCUGGUGGCUCGCUCUCCUCGCGUUUCACCUAUCGAAUCAUUAGCGUACGGUGAAUACGUGAUUCCACCUGGGGUAAGUAGGCGGCACAAAAGCUAUAACGAGGUCAGUCAACUGCUAACAUUCUUCAUGUAUCAGACACCAGUGAGCCAGUCAGCCUACUUUGUUCAUAUGAAUCCCCAGGUUUUCCCGGAACCGGAAUCUUUUAACCCUGAGAGAUGGAUCAAAGCCGCUGAGAAAGGACAGUAUCUGAGCAGAUUUCUUGUUGCAUUCUCCAAGGGAAGCAGGCAAUGUCUAGGGAUGAACUUGGCUUAUGCUGAACUCUACUUAACACUAGCGAGAAUCGUUCGUCUCGUUGAUAUGAAACUUGUGGGUACCACCAUCGACAAUAUCCGGGUUGGACGGGACCUUGGCCAUCCAGCCCCGAAGGCUGGUAACUUUAAAGUUAAGGUUGAAGUUAUGGGGAUUGCAAGUAAAUCUUAA